AUGUAUCGGAACGACUCUGGUGUCGCAGUACCAGCCGAUGGUCUAAAGGAUAUCAACGACUUGUCAUUGUCGAAACGUGAUUUCGAUUUCGAUACCUCACAUAAAAAGAAGCUUGAUACAGUCACCGUCAGCACCUCCAUAAUAAACAGAACGUCUCGUCUCAACUCGGCUCUCGAUCCAAUCGACCUUCUUGAAUCAAAUCUCACAGUUACUCCUCUCGCGUCAGCGCUCCUCUCGAAGCUAAAUUCCAUCGCUAAUCCAGACGCAAUUAUCACCAAGUCAGACACCGUCAAGGUGCUAAAAACCUUUCCAUACUUCCCUAACCUCCCGCUCGAGCUCCAACGAAUUAUCUGGCACUUUACCCUCCCAGACCCCAGAUUAAUACCUCUCGUCAACUGGCGAAGAAAUCCAACCCAGUCUAAGACUAGAAUCGAAACACCACCCGAGGAUAAAAUACUAAACUUAAUCCCCCGUCUUGGAAGCUACAUAGUCCCAAGCCUCCUCGUUACAUGCGACAUCAACCAUCCUAUCCCCAGUAUCCUCACGCCUGCCACGAAUCCCGACGCAUCGCCAAGAAGCACUAUAUCGGCGCCACAGGACGUGCCGACUUCAGCGAACGAUUCUUUAUAGAUUGGGAGACGGAUGUGCUUCACGGCUCGGCUGAGCUUUUCGUACAACUCCUGGGUACGGCUCUAGGGGCAGAUUUCGACGAACGAGUGCGGAUAUCGAAUUUGAAGUUCCUCGCGCAAGUUCGACAUAUUUAUUUCUCUGGUGGUGUCGUGGCGAAGGUUGUUCUGGAUUUGUUGGCUGGGUAUAUGCCGUUGUUUUCGCGGUUGGAAAGUAUUACUUUGGUGCAGCGGGGUGAUACAGGAGGAGAGGGAGAAGGAGAGGGAGGAGGUCGUAUGUAUGUGAGUGAGUGAUGUUGUUGAGGAGCUUCAGCUGUGGCGCGAUGUUGGGAGGACGAUUGGGAAGGAACUGGAGAAGGAGAAGGCGGAUAUGAGAUUGGUGUUGUGGGAAGAUCUUAAGGUUAUUCUUCAUGGGCAUCGUAACCCUAAUAUCCUUGAGCCGGUGGAGAUCAAGUUUGUGCCGUCGUAUACGCUUACGAGACCGUGA